CGUAGGACGGUUAACUUAUAGAACCGAUUGCGAAGUUUAGCUCUUCGGUUUUGUUCAGCUGCUCAAAAUGACACUAUUAAAGUGUCAGCAUUGUGUUAGAGAGGAUAAAGCAGCAGAGGACACAGAUCAUGUGGAGAAAAUCUUGCCACCCGGCUACAGUCAUCUACUUUGUCAUCAUGAACUGCUGGAAAUGUCGGGGGAUAUUGAAAACUUCAGAGCGGCUCUUAAAUUGCAGAUGACUACUGAAGAGCAGGUCCAGAAGUGGUUGGAGGACUUCCAGAAGUCCUCAGCUUUAACAUGGAGGAAAUCCAGGACAUACCCUGACUCUGGACGCUACAACAAAUACAGAGUGGAUCUGAGAUGCCAGCACAAAACAUACAGUUCAUCAUCCAAGAUGACCAAAAAUACCAACUGCCCUGCCACCAUGUUUCUGAUUCUCAAGAGAUUUAUGUAUGAAAGAAAGUCCAGAUCAGGAGACCCACACCUUGAAGAGGGCUAUUUCCUUCAUGUGAACUUGAGGAAUGAACAUAAUCAUAGACUGAACACAGCUGAGGCCAUGAGGUGGAGAGAUGUGUCGAAUGACACCAUUGAAAAGCUACAACAGCUCUACAAAAGCGGUCACUCUCCUUCAUCUGCACUCAAGAAUAUUAAAUACAGCCUGCAGGAAGAGGAAGGCGAUAACUACAUUUACGCUACUGCGGAUCGAUCCAUCUGCCCAGACCUUCAGUUCUGCUACAGAUUAUACCACAAGCUUUUUCAGAAAGCAUGUGCUGAACCUGCAGGGAAGGACAUUUCAGAUGAGCUUUUUAAACCCUUAGAGUUGGAACAAUCAUGGGAGACAACAGCAGAGACAGCAGAAGGACACACCACAUGCAUUGAAGAUGGAGUGUCUGUUGAUGCUGUGCCAAUCAUCACCACAGCAGAGCAUUUCACAGAAGACAAUGAGCCAGGCCCAAGUGCAGCUGAAGAGGUCGUUGGGUCUUUAGAUGGGCAGCUUGAGGAGAUUUUUGGGAUGCUGAAAAAGAAGCUGAACGAGGAUGCAAGUUUUACACCGCCUAUAAGAGCUUUUGUGUCCAGUUUCUUUCAAAUAAAGACUGACAGUGCUCUUCAGGCAUCACUCUUUUCCUUUGGUAAGGCCUCUCCGAUAAUCAAUCAGAUCAAUGUACUACCAGCUACGGGUCCACGGAGAAGAGGGGCUUUGGCUGGACGAAGAGCUGUUGGCAGACCUCCAAAGAACUCAAGAAGAGAGCACCCAUACUGCAACAGCAGAUCCAAUAACACUCCCCAAACUCUCACAUUCUGUUUGCAAGACAGUAACACCCUUGAGAAGACAGACUAACCUCCUGUCCCCAACACACCACCGCCACCAGCAUGUGGUGGGUUAAGAGAUCCAAACACUAUAUAGAAGCUAUUAAAUCAAUAAGCCUUGAGAAGCUUGGCAUGAACAUCGUGAAACCUGAGCAUUACAAGAAAUCAGUGUUUACGCCAUUUAUUUUAUAUUUCUGGUAUUGAUGUGCACAAUUCAACAAUGCACAUUAUUCUAAAAGAGAAAACAUUGUUUGUAAUUUUGAUCAUAAUGUAAUAAACUGGCUCCAUUCAGGUAUGAAACACCCACUUUUCACCAUGCAAGUCAAUUGACUGAAUAAAAAUCAAGUUACGCCCUUCAUUUUUUCCCUAUUCAUUGAAUGUUCUGUUUCAGUUUGUAUUGUAAUAUUAUGACUUUAUAUAAUAAUUGCACCUAUGCUGGCCACCAUAUAUUUCAAGGUGUCCAGACACCUGUAACUGUUACCUUUUAACAACCCUAUACAA